UUAGACCUUACUAUCAAUCGCUGCUCAACAUAUUCUCAACACAGACAACCACCGCCGAGCCAAAGCAAACCAGCAAAUAAAUAUUACCAUUUGUAAAUGUUGUGCUUCUAACAACCAACAAAAAUCCCACUUGUUUGAAGAUUACGGCCAGCCGCACACAAACGUGUACAUUCCCAUCUACCCAUCCGUAAGCUUCGGGGCAAAGUAAGGUCGGGCCGGUAUUUAAAGCCGAUUGGCACGGAUGCACAACAUUACAGUUGCGCUCCGUACGUCGAUCAGUGAGGAUCUGCUAAUUCGUUGUCAACACUUUUACAAAAAACCCAGCACACUUCAAUUUUAACGAUGAAGCUGCUGUUUCUGUUGAGCUUCCUGCUGUGCGCUAUCCUGGCCGCUGCCGGCAAGUACUCGUGCCCGGCCUGCCCGGCCAACUAUCUGCCGGUGUGCGGUACCGAUGGCAAGACGUACGCGAACGAGUGCGCCCUGGAGUGUACCGUGGCGCCGGCCGUCAAGGUGGCCCGCAGCGGCGAGUGCUAGACAACUCGUCGGUUCUCAGACACGGAUACACGCUAGGCCAACGGAUGCAGGACGGGGAGUUGUUGAGCAAGAGUGCCAGCGUUUGCCUCAUCGGAAAAGGAACGCAGAAAAGGAAUACAACCCUUUGUCUCCUCUCUCUCUCAGUUAUUAUUUGCUUAUGUUCACAAUACAAUACAAUAAAGUUUAAAGUGCUGAUGUAA